AUGUCUCAUCCACAGACCAACAGCAUCACUUUCGAUGUCAACACUCUUAACCGCUACGACACCAACAAAUCCACCACAUCCCGCGGCUCAAACGAAGUGGACCCGGAAGACGAAAAGCACGACUGGACACAAACGACCGACGAGAAAGACAGCUGGGCCAGCCGGGAGCGGCGCCGCUCGAGCGUCUGGAACGGACUCGACGCGCCCGGCGUGUCCAAGAAACGCACCGAAUCCAGCACCUCCUCGAGCGCCGGCACCGAUCGUCGGGGCAGCAUCCUGAGCUUAUGGAGCAGCGGCAAAGAUAAAGACGGCAAGGAUGUCUUACAUCACGACGAUGUGGUUGUGGUUGAAGACGACCUGGCUCCUGUGCCUGCUGAGAAGAGCCCCGCGAGCCGGAGAGAUACGAGACGUGGUAGUAUAUUGAGCAUGUGGAAGCCGGGGAAGGAUGAUAAGGGGAGGUCUAUCAUUCAUCAUGCUGAUGACAAUUAA